CCGCAUUUGGGUCACGUGAUACCUGGCGUAUGCGGAUGCGUCUUUCCGCGAGCCGCUGACCUUACUCACUGUCAGGAUAAAAGGGUGAUCAACUAAGUUGAACAUUACCGGAAAAAUGUGCUCACAUUCUAUGUCGAAAGCUGAAUGGAUCGCAGCAAUCUCCUUGGCAGCUGGAACUACAGCUGUGGGUAUCCUGGUCUACAAGACCUUCUUCUCUAAAGACAAGUGCUGCAAAUCCAAGGUAAACUUGGAUCUGCAGAAGGACAACCCCAAAGUGGUACACGCCUUUGACAUAGAGGAUCUCGGGGAUAAGGCUGUGUACUGUCGAUGCUGGAGGUCAAAGAAGUUUCCAUUGUGUGAUGGUUCCCAUACAAAACACAAUGAAGAGACUGGUGAUAAUGUCGGCCCUCUCAUAAUCAAGAGGAAAGAGGCUUGAAGAUCCACCUGUAUCGGAAGAACGCUGCUGCAGAUGUUGGGUUUUGUUGCUUGCCCAAAGUGUGUGGUUUUUCUGGGUUUUUUUCUUCUUUGUUAAUACACUAUGACUGUCAAGCUGUUCUACGGAUUGUGUCAUUAAUAUCCGGCUAAUGUGUGAACAUUAUAUCAGUGCAUCACAUGAGGUGUGUCAAUUGUUUUGUUGGGUAUGUUUUGUUCAUAGGUGGGAAAUCUGUAUGUGUUUAGUUACAGUACCUUUUACUCAAAACAUAAAACCAUAUACACUAAGGCGAAAUGUUGAAUAAAUGCCUACUUGACUGAGAAUAUCACUGAUAGUCGCUUAACCUAUUAACCAUAUUAUUCUGUGCUACUCUGCAUCUACACUGGCCUUCAUUUCAUUGAUCAGCCGACUAGCCGAACUGAUCUCGUCGCUAAUGUGAAAUUUCAGAUUAGGAAAAAAUGUAAUGAACCAGGAAUUGUAACACUCAUCCCCUUUUUGAUAUAUUAAAAAGGCAGUUUUCGAAUUAA